GGUUGGCGCCCGCACACAUGAAGAGACUCCCCGAGUUGUUUGGCUUCGCGAGGAGAUAAGGCCAGUGGAGCUCCAUGUUUUUAAAGCCAACGCAAAAAUGAUGGCGGCUUACAAUGGCGGUACGUCUGCGGCAGCAGCAGGUCACCACCACCACCAUCACCACCACCUUCCUCACCUCCCUCCUCCUCACCUCCAUCACCACCACCAUGCUCAGCACCACCUGCACGCCGGCUCGGCGGCCGCGGUGCACCCCGUGCAGCAGCAUGCCUCCUCGGCCGCCGCGGCCGCCGCAGCCGCGGCCGCCGCCGCCGCGAUGUUGAACCCAGGGCAGCAGCAGCCGUACUUCCCAUCCCCGGCCCCGGGCCAGGCCCCUGGACCGGCUGCAGCAGCCCCAGCUCAGGUACAGGCUGCAGCAGCUGCUGCAGUCAAAGCGCACCAUCAUCAGCACUCACAACAUCCACAGCAGCAACUGGACAUUGAGCCGGACAGACCCAUCGGAUACGGAGCCUUUGGUGUUGUCUGGUCAGUAACAGAUCCACGAGAUGGAAAGAGAGUUGCACUCAAAAAGAUGCCCAACGUCUUCCAAAACUUGGUCUCUUGUAAAAGGGUCUUCCGGGAGUUGAAGAUGUUGUGUUUUUUUAAGCAUGACAAUGUACUCUCUGCCCUCGACAUCCUCCAGCCUCCACACAUUGACUAUUUUGAAGAAAUCUAUGUUGUCACUGAGUUGAUGCAGAGUGACCUCCAUAAGAUUAUCGUCUCUCCUCAGCCACUCAGCUCCGAUCAUGUCAAAGUUUUUCUUUACCAGAUUUUAAGAGGUCUGAAAUAUCUACAUUCUGCUGGCAUUUUACAUCGAGACAUUAAACCAGGGAACCUACUCGUGAACAGCAACUGUGUCCUUAAGAUUUGUGAUUUUGGAUUGGCCAGGGUGGAAGAGCUAGACGAGUCGCGGCACAUGACUCAGGAAGUUGUCACUCAGUAUUACCGCGCUCCGGAGAUCCUGAUGGGCAGCCGCCACUACAGCAACGCCAUCGACAUCUGGUCUGUGGGCUGCAUCUUUGCAGAGUUGCUGGGCAGAAGGAUAUUGUUCCAGGCACAGAGUCCCAUCCAGCAGCUGGAUCUGAUCACAGACCUGCUGGGCACGCCGUCGCUGGAGGCGAUGAGGACGGCUUGUGAAGGCGCCAAGGCACACAUACUCAGGGGUCCUCAUAAACAGCCAUCCCUUCCUGUCCUAUAUACACUCUCCAGUCAAGCUACACAUGAAGCAGUUCAUCUCCUUUGCAGGAUGUUGGUCUUUGAUCCAUCCAAGAGGAUAUCUGCUAAGGAUGCCUUAGCUCACCCCUACCUGGACGAGGGGCGCCUGCGGUACCACACCUGUAUGUGCAAAUGUUGUUUCUCCACCUCGACUGGCAGAGUUUAUACCAGUGAUUUUGAACCCAUCACUAACCCCAAAUUCGAUGACACUUUUGAGAAGAACCUCAGUUCUGUUCGGCAGGUUAAAGAAAUAAUUCAUCAGUUCAUUUUGGAACAGCAGAAAGGAAACAGAGUGCCUCUCUGCAUCAACCCUCAGUCUGCUGCUUUUAAGAGCUUUAUUAGCUCCACGGUCGCCCAGCCCUCCGAGAUGCCGCCGUCGCCGCUGGUGUGGGAGUGACCGGAGCCCCCCGUACUACUGAAGAUGUAAUGUAGCUUUCCACUGGAGUCUGGGAUUUGCAAUUCUGGAGGUUAAUCAUGCUUGUACUGUAAUUUUACUAAUGAAGUUUUAAAUUAACAACCACUACUUGUACAAUAUGAAUAAUACUUAGAAAUGUACUAGACUUUUAAUCUUGUAAAGUGGUUGUGCUUUUAGAAGAAAAUAUUUUACCCAGAGUUGCACGUGUUUUAUGAAUUCUAGUGCAGCUGUGAUGGCUCAGCUCAGAACAAACAAUUGAACCAAAUUCGGGGAGGUUUUUCUUUUUAUUUUCUUUUUUGUUUUUCCAUUUUUUUUUAUUGAAGUGAGAUUGUACAAACAGAUAGACAUACAUUUUGAUAUUGAGCCAUUCCUGAAGAUUUUGGGUUUUCUAAAACUAAGGAAUACAGAAAACUUGACUGCGACCAAUCAUGAAGUCCCUGUGGGUGGCGGUGGCCAUGGGAAGUGACCACGUCCCCUGAUGCCCAACCCUAUAAAUAGCUUCUCACUAGAGCUGUGAUGGUGAUGUGUGCUGUUCUAAAAUCAAAUGUUGUGAGUAGAGAGAAUGAGUUUGUGACUAGGAGAGACUAAACUUCUGUUUCCUUACCCAGUAUAAAUAUAUAUAUAUAUUUAAUCUAUUUUUAUUAGAAGUUUUUCUGCUCUUUCUUACAUAAAACCCCCCAGCAUGCAUCUUCUAUGUGUGUAAAUAAUUCCAUUUAUGGGCUAAUUUCAGAGAUCCCUGACAUCAUUGCUGUAUAGAGAGAAACUAGCUUGCACAUUUUAGGUCUGUGAAAUUUUGUGAGAACUUUUUCCUGCACUGGACAGUUGAGAGAAAAAAAAAAAAAGAAAAGGACAAAAAAAAGCACAUAGGGAAUUCUGUUAAUUGUGUUUGUGUCUUUAGGCAAAGCUGUGGAAGUCUUGAAAUGUCACAGUAGUAAAUAACUUUUAUUACUUUUUGGCUAAUUCUUUUUCUGUUGGAACACUGAAUUCUGUGCAUAUGUAUAUAUGAACACAAAUUGAAGGCCUCUACCUCCUGGAGUAUACAACUUGGUUUGUUUACCUCCACAUGAUUUUUUUUUUUUUAAGUUUAGUGUGGAGACUUGAAACUUGAAUGUCCCUUCCAACUUUUGUAUUUAAAACAAGACUAGAAAAUUGAAGACUGUUUUUCACCUGUACAAAGGAAUACUAAAAGGUGGUCUUAAAAUUUGAGCCUUGGUCUGGAGAGAAACCAUGGUGUUUGUUAUGGACAAUUAACUGUUAAAGUUAUUGUAAGUUAUCUGUAUUUAGCAGAGUAUUUUCAACAAGAGUGAUCUGAGCUGGAAUUGGAGACUAUUAGUAAGUUAUGUUUGGAAGUUUUAACUUCAAUGAAGUAAUUAUUUGCUGUGAAAGAGACAAACAUUGAAUAACUGAACAAAGAUGGUGCAAUAUCUUUGUUUUUUAUGAGGCUCCUGAGAAUAAAACCAACUGAAGCAUUUCAAUUCACUUGAAUGAGAAACGUGUUUAAUUAUCGAGCCCCAGAAGACACUGGUAUGAAAGGUAAAAUCUCAGAGGUUGGUCAGUUAAUGUGGCACACUUGCUGGUCACUUUGUAAAAUGUAGAUUUGGAGUACAGUGGUGAAAACAUUAAAUGUGACAUUUGAAAACGC